CUGAAGGUUUCGAAAACAGGUCUCACCCUAUCUGCCAUGGAGGUCUGGGGCAUUCUAAGGGGCUUGGAAACGUUCAGUCAGCUGGUCUACCAGAAGGAGGGUGACUACAUGCAGUAUUGGAUAAAUAAGACCUAUGUGAAGGACUAUCCAAGGUUCAAGCACAGAGGAGUUCUUCUCGAUACCUCCAGGCACUACCUGAGUCUUCAAACUAUUCUAGAGAAUCUGGAGUCCAUGGCAAACAACAAGCUGAACGUCUUUCACUGGCACAUUGUCGACGAUCAGUCGUUUCCAUUCCAAUCCAAGACCUACCCAAAUCUCACUAAAAUGGGGGCGUACGACCCUGUAACCCACAUAUACACCCACGAGGACAUUGCCACGGUCAUUGAGGAGGCCAGACUCCGAGGCAUCAGGGUGAUACCGGAGUUCGAUACCCCUGGCCACACCUUCUCUUGGGGCUUCGGCCAGAAUCACCUGCUGACGCCAUGUUACGAUUAUAAAGGGAUAUUCAACGGAUUGUACGGUCCCAUAAAUCCAAUCCUGAAAAAAAAUUACGGAUUCCUUAAGAAUCUAUUCAAAGAGGUCUUGUCUUUAUUUAAGGACAAGUACAUACACCUUGGCGGGGAUGAAGUUCCAUUUGAUUGCUGGUUAUCCAAUAUUCAGAUACAGAAUUUUAUGAAGAAAAAUUUUCUCAAUGAUAUCAAACAGAUACUAUCAUUUUUUGAGAGACAACUUCUCCAGCUGAUAUCCGCGAAUGCCAAAUCACUGAACCGCAAGACGGGCAGCAUCGUGUGGCAAGAGAUGUUUGAUAAUGAUCUGCCGAAAGACACAAUAAUUCAAGUUUGGAGCGGUGAUUCGUACGAUGUGGAGAGGGUGAUUAAAGCUGGAUAUGCCGUCAUAUUUAGCACCUGCUGGUACCUGGAUUAUAUCCAGUAUGGCCAGGAUUGGGAUAAGUAUUAUCUCUGCGAGCAGAUUGCACACCUUCGAUUAAAAAACGAGUCAAAUUUCUAUGGUGGCGAAAUCUGCUUGUGGGCUGAAUACACCGACGACUCCGAUAUACUGACCAGGAUGUGGCCGAGGGCGUCUGCAGCAGCUGAGCGUCUGUGGAGCGACCGAAACGUCAACAACAUCUACAGGGCUGCAACCAGGAUCGAAACCCAGAGAUGCAGAAUGAUG